AUGAAUGAAGGAUCGGUGUCUAGGGCAUCUAAUAAACACUUUCAGAAAGAUGGCGAGGAGGGCGGCAAGGUGAUGUCUGACGACAAGGUGGCGGAUGUCUUUUCCAAGCAAAUGCCACCCAAUGCUUCUGAUCCCCAAUCCGCCGAUUCCUUGAUUGCCUUUCAGAUGGCUAAGCUAUCAGUCGCCGAUCGAGAAAAAGCUUACAUGGACGUCCAUGGAAUGCCAGACGACGAUGCUGAAGAAACUCAAGAAUUAAUUCACGAAAGCUUGGUGCGACUCCAAAAUGAAAUCGAUAUAUUGCGAGACAAGAAAGCCUACAACAUCGCUGAAAGGCUGGAUCCGGAAUAUGUCCGGGAUCAAGAAUUCUGUCUCGCCUUCCUUCGAUGUGAGAAGUUUGACUGUCAAAAGGCAGCCCUUAGGAUCGUACGGCAUUUUCAGAUGAAACUAGACUUGUUUGGCGAGGACAAGCUGGCGAAGGACAUUACUCAAGACGAUUUGGAUAUGGAUGACAUGGAUGCUCUCUAUAGUGCUGCUGGUCGCUUUCUAGAUGCACACGAUAGCGGAAGAAGGAUCAUCAAUUUCCUAGUGGGGGUACCGAAAUUGUUCAAGACGGAUGCAGUGCUUCGAAGAGCUUUUUACAAUAUAAUGGUAGCUUUUCGUGACAACGCGGAGAUACAAAGACGUGGGACAGUUGCUAUCUGCUGGGGUGCUGGGAGUGCGGAAGGAACAAGCGGGGACAAUGCUGAUCUCAACUGGAAACUGCCAAAGUUGAACGAAGGAUCCCCCAUGCGGAUAUCGGCACUCCACAUGUGCUAUACUGAUUCAGUUUGGAAGGAUCGAGUCGCAAUAAUAAGAAAUGGCUUGAACAAGCAGACUCAAGUGAGAGCCCGAGUUCAUUAUGGCACCGUCCAAGAGUGCUUGCAACACUUACGGCGACAUGGAAUCGACCCAACAUCCAUCCCAGUCAAUGAACAUGGGGAAAUUUCAGACCAGUUGGAACAUUGUCGAAUACUGAAGCAACAGCGGAAGCAUGAGCGUCUGAAAUAUCCCCUUCGGCAUAUCAUUGGGGUUCCCUCGGCACAGGAUGUGCUUCUCGGCAAAGGUACUCCCUUUCAAAAUCAUGCAGGUAACAAAAGUCUUCGGCAGGUGGUCGUCGAUCGAUACAAGGAGUAUGAAAAGGCCCAAAAAGGUUUAAAGAAGGUUAUUGCUAAAGAAAUCGUUGAUGUCAUCAGAGGCAACGGAGGCCUAUUUCUCAAGCAAGAUGGGAAGAAAUGGAUCCCAGUCAACGGUGAAGUAGCGGUGGUGAAAGUCAGUGCUGCAUUUCGAACGUUGCGGUUGAAGGGCGGGACAAAAUAG